GGCGUCUUCCGCUGAGAAGCGGAAGUGCUACGUUUUGACUUAGCCCAAGGUAACUUCCGGUGUGGCUGUGUUCCCGGUUGGUGCCGGUUAAACUUAGGAGUGCACGAUGUUAACUAUGGACUUUCUGGAUGAUGUCCGCAGGAUGAACAAGAGACAGCUUUAUUACCAAGUGUUAAACUUUGGUAUGAUUGUGUCUUCCGCACUGAUGAUAUGGAAGGGCCUAAUGGUGAUCACUGGCAGUGAGAGUCCUAUAGUUGUCGUUCUAAGUGGCAGCAUGGAGCCGGCUUUUCAUCGUGGGGAUCUCCUCUUUUUGACAAACCGUGUUGAUGAUCCUAUCAGAGUUGGUGAAAUUGUGGUCUUCAGAAUAGAAGGAAGAGAGAUACCAAUUGUGCAUCGUGUUCUCAAAAUUCAUGAAAAGGAAAAUGGGGACAUCAAAUUUUUAACCAAGGGAGACAACAAUGCCGUGGAUGAUCGAGGGCUUUACAAGCAGGGCCAGAACUGGUUAGAAAAGAAAGACGUUGUUGGAAGAGCAAGGGGAUUUGUACCUUAUAUUGGAAUUGUUACAAUCCUUAUGAAUGACUAUCCGAAGUUCAAGUAUGCUGUCUUGUUCCUGCUGGGACUGUUUGUCCUGGUCCAUCGAGAAUAACACAAUUGACAUUUGGGGGAUAAUCUUCUGUUACAGAUUUAGUAUGUUGAACCAGCCGUAACUCAACAGAGCAAGAAUUGUGAAAGAACAGACCUCUUCUAGCAGUGUUUAAGUUUUACUUCGAAACCAGUGUUUCCUUUUCUACAUGCAUUUAUGUGCCCACUCUUUGUUAAUGCAGAGAUAUAAUAGUGUGUUUUAACUAUGGGCCCGAUCUCUGCCACGGCUUCUCUACCUCCGUGACCUCUUCUGGGCCAUUCAUGAAAUUCUGCUGCACUGUUUACUUUUUCUUUAAUAUUUCAAUUUCAAACCAAAGUCCUCCAUUGUUUAAAUUGUAUAGCCUCUCAAGCUUUUAUUCGGAAGUGCCUAAGAAUUUGUGUAUGUGCAGUACUCUGACAUGGGCCCUAAAUAGUCUGAGCUGGAUGUCAGUGUAAUGAUAAAAUACAAUUACUUACAUUUUACUGACUGGAAGACUGCAUUGUAAUUCUUGCUAAUUGUCUUUCUGUCAGGAAAAUAUGUCAAAUUGCCGUAUAUGCGAAGUUCUUCUGUUUUGUUUUUAGCUACUUGGGUCGAAAAAAAAAACCUUGUAAAGUUGACAUGCAUGUUGUAAAGUUUUGGCCUGUAAAAUAUGUAAUACAGUUGGUAUAAUGUGA